AUGGAGCCCCACGUAGGUCCCAGGGUCCCACUCAAAUCUGGACUCUGUUUGGGGGUUGACUGCCAUGCUGACCACCCAGCACUGGUGCUGGUGCUCUUUGCCAGUGUGCUAGUGAUGUGCCUUGAGGCUACUAAACUCAUUGUGGGAUUCCAGGCCCCCUGGGAUAUCUCCCAUCCAUUCAGUGUGCAAAGGCUGGGUGCUGGCCUCACAAUUGCCCUGGACAAGGUCAACUCUGAGCUGCUAGACUUCGGAAACUUCAGCUGGGAGUUCACUUACACCAACUCAGCCUGCAGCGCCAAGGAAUCUCUUGCUAUUUUUAUCAAUCAGGUCCAGAGACAACAGAUUUCUGCCCUGUUUGGACCAGCAUGCCCAGAAGAAGCAGAGGUUAUUGGUUUGCUGGCCUCUGAGUGGAACAUCCCCAUGUUUGACUUUGUCGGACAAAUGGCGAAACUGGAGAACCACUUCCUAUACGACACCUGUGUGAGACUUGUGCCGCCCCAGCAGCAAAUUGGUGAUGUGCUCCAGCAGACUCUCCAGUACCUGGGCUGGAGACACAUUGGGAUGUUUGGAGGCCACUCUGGGGCUGCGUUCCAGGAUGGAGUGGAUGAGUUAUGGAGGGUUGUAGAGAACAAACUCAAAUCCAAUUUCACGAUCACUGCCAGGAUGAGAUACGCCAGCAAUAACCCGGCCCUCCUUCAAGAGGCUCUUAGGAACAUGUCAUCACUCACCAGGGUUAUCAUCUUAAUCUGCAAUUCAGAGGAUGCAAGAAUUAUUCUGAUGGCUGCAGAGAACCUGGGCCUCCCUACAGGAGAAUUUGUCUUCAUCAUUUUGCAGCCCCUGGAGGACAGUUUUUGGAAGGAGAUAUUGGUGAAUCAGAAGGUGACACACUUCCCAAAAGUCUACGAGUCGGUGUAUCUUGUCGCCCUCAGCUCCUAUGCAGAAGGCCCAGGAGACGAAGGUUUUUGGAAAGAAGUCUAUCGAAGGCUCAGGAGGCCGCCCUUCCAAAGUUCUCUUUCCUCCGAGGCACAGGUGAGCCCCUACUCCGCCUACCUCCAUGAUGCCGUCUUGCUCUAUGCUUGGACAGUGAGGGAGAUGGUGAAGGCCGGGAGAGAUUUCCGGGACGGGCGCCGGCUGGUCAACGUAUGGAAAGGCUCCGGGCAGAGCGCGUGGCGGGGAAUCACUGGCCCUGUGUUUGUAGACUCCCAGGGACAAAGGCUCAUGGAUUACUCAGUCUACGCCCUACAGAAAUUUGGAAAUGGCUCCCUUUUCCUCCCUUUCCUGCGUUAUGACAGCCGUCAGAAAGUAAUCAGACCCACAGGGAAUUUCUCCAACAUGACUUGGCCUGGUGGCUCCCUUCUUGAAGACAGGCCUGGCUGUGGAUUUUAUGAGUUCUGCAAAACAGGGUGGACUUUGUCCAGUGAGUGUGGCUGCCUGGAGAUGGACAGCAGGGAAAAGUCUUCUCAGGAGCAGGGUUUCUCACCAGCAGCACCGACCAAGGAUAGCACAAGGCCUGGGAGAGCCCACCAGGAGUUGCUUUCAGGGGAGGUCGUGCUCACGGAGGUGUCUAGAAACACACCUGUGUGGAAAGGGAACAACAGCCAGCCCUCUAGUGUGACGUUUUCGGCAGACCUCAGCUCCAUUGCCAAGAGCCAGCAGGGAGAAGGACUCUUUCAUGCCCCCGUGGGGCUUUACCAGGGAAACCAUGUGGCCAUCCGCUUUGUUGGAGAACAAGCAGGAGCCUGGAUCAGGAAGCCCACUGUCCUGCAGGAAAUCCGGCUGAUGUGUGGAUUGAGGCAUGAAAACAUUGUUCCCUUCUUUGGGAUUUGCACAGAACCACCCAACAUCUGCAUUGUCACGCAGUAUUGCAAAAAAGGAAGUCUUAAGGACGUUCUAAGAAACUCAGAUCCUGACAUGGAUUGGAUCUUCAAACUUUCAUUUGCAUAUGACAUAGUCAAUGGCAUGCUGUUCCUCCACAGGAGCCCCCUGGGGUCCCAUGGCAACCUGAAACCUUCCAACUGCCUGGUGGACGGCCGCAUGCAGGUGAAGCUGUCGGGAUUUGGGCUGUGGGAGCUCAAGUACGGCCAGACACACAGAACCUAUGCUGAGAAGACCACCGACCCCUCGGAGCUCUACUGGACGGCCCCAGAGCUGCUGCGGCUCCGGGAGGAGCCCCGGUCGGGCACCCCGCAGGGAGAUGUGUACAGCUUUGCGGUUCUGCUGAGAGACCUCAUUCACCACCAGGACCAGGGGCCCUUCAACGACCGCCAGGAGGCCCCGGAAGUGAUCAUUGCCCAAAUCAAAGAUCCAACGCCAGCGGCCCCGCUGCGACCUUCCCUGUGUGAAGACAAAGGAGACAGGAAGAUCGUGGCCCUGGUGAAGGCCUGCUGGGACGAGUCUCCGGAGAGAAGGCCCACCUUCCGCAGCAUCAGGGGCACCCUGCGCGCAGCCAGUCCCACGGGCCGCGUGAGCAUCCUGGACAGCCUGCUGAGCAAGCUGGAAGUGUAUGCGGAGCACCUGGAAGAGGUGGUGGGCGAGAGGACCAGCCAGCUGCUGGCAGAGAAGAGGAAGGUGGAGAGACUUCUGUCCACAAUGUUGCCCAGCUUCGUUGGGGAACAACUCCUAGCAGGAAAAUCUGUGGAACCAGAACAUUUUGAGUCUGUGACAAUCUUUUUCUCUGACAUCGCUGGAUUCACAAAAUUGUGUUCUGUCAGCUCCCCCUUGCAAGUUGUCAGGUUCCUCAAUGACCUGUACAGUUUAUUCGACCACAUCAUUGGGACGUAUGAUGUGUACAAGGUUGAAACGAUUGGAGAUGCAUACAUGGUGGCUAGUGGGCUUCCCAAGCGCAAUGGCACCCGACACGUGGACGAGAUCGCCACCAUGGCCCUGCACGUCCUCAGUGCCACCAUGCACUUCCAGAUCGCACACAUGCCCAACAAACAGCUCAGGCUGCGGAUUGGUCUCCACACAGGUCCCGUGGUGGCUGGUGUGGUGGGACUCACCAUGCCCAGGUACUGUCUGUUUGGAGACACUGUGAACAUGGCAUCCCGAAUGGAAAGCAGCAGCUUGCCGUUCCGGAUCCACGUCUCUCAGAGCACUGCGGCUGCCCUGCUGGCAUUGGGAGGAUACGAUUUGCAAAAGAGAGGCACCAUUCCAGUCAAGGGCAAAGGAGAGCAAACCACUUUCUGGUUGAAAGGCAAAGAAGGCCUCACUGUUGCAGUCCCCGAAUUUACUGAGGAAGACGUUAACGACCCAGAGACCUUGUGAGUGAAUAGACGUGAGUUGUCAUCUGCUGAGGACGACCUGGGGUGGAGGAGCUGCCGUGGCCCGGCUAACUCCUAUAACACGGCACAGAUCGCCAGCAUCGUGACCAGGUGACAGAGAACAGCUGUGAACCAGAGCAGGCAGAGACGGCACUCAGACACAGUUCUACAAGGGCAAGGCCAACGCUGUAUGAAUGAACCAGCCAACUCUAGGGUCUUCAGUAACUUUCCAUAAGACUGUGCAUUUCCUACAAAGUCAGUUUUGGGUCUCCCUGAGGGGUUCUGUAGUUCACACGUAUCAGUAAAAAGAGCCUGGUGAUAGAUCUGGGUUAUGGGUCUCUGAUGAUAAAUGGGAAUCUGUACUUUCAUAAUGUAGCGAUGGCACAUUUCACUGUAGGGAGGUCACUGCAGAGUUUCCUUUAAAAAGAGAAAUCUAGGACUGGACUUUUCAAAAGUUAAUUUAUAUAUCUGUGAGUUUACUGGUAAGUGGGACCGUCCUACCCUAGCUGUUCACAUGGUGGCUUCCUUCUCAUUAUUCUAGCGAAACCUUGGGUCUUAGCUGAACUUUUUGUUCCUCUAAGGGGUUCCUUGGCUGCUCUUUAAAUCCUGUCACUGUCUUCCCUCAUAUCUCACACACAGCCGGAUGCAUAGGGCCCUUGCCCGCUUUGUUGGCUGCAGUUGGUACAGUGCCCCAAACAGCACCAGCAACAGUCAUCAAAACUGUGGUUGAUCCUUACUGGAUGUUUGCUAUGUCCUGGGCAUUGUUCAAUGCUCUUAGCUGUAAUUAGAUAAUUCGUACAAUAGCCAGAUACUAGAUGGGCCGUGAUUAGCCCAGUUUCGUAGAGGGUUGAUGUCAUUGCCCAAAGUAAUUCAAGUACAGUGAGGGGCAGAGCCACCACAGGGACUCAGAUAUUUAUUAAAUGAACGCAUCAUUGAAAGCCAUGUUUCCUAACAUAGGAGCCAAGUGAAGAGACCUGGUGAUGGCUCUACUGAGACUUGGGGGACCAGGGUCCAGUUCUGCUUCACUGAGUUUCUCCAUAGCUCUUCCCUCCCUCCAGAGCCUGGGGGAGAGACUUCUCCACCCUGGCCCACCUCCUCCCCACCCAGCUGUGUUUUAAAAUGUAGUUUUCAAUUUAGCUGGGGCUAAAGUUAAGCUUUUUUUUUU